UAAUCCCCUCAAAACAUGUUGUUGUGCUCAAAUUACCGCUUUUGGGUUUGAAUCGAUCAUGGAAGUGCAGUUUCAGGAUUAUUUGGUAUCAAGAUUACGACGUGAUCGAUGAUGCAAUAAUCUCGAAAUUUGUGGAGGAAAUACUUUUAAAAAGCGUGGAACUUUGAGCUCCAGUUUCUGUGCUCUUAACCAAGAUGGCUACGAAGAUCACCACUGGAAUCUUAGUUUCCGUCUGCUUGAUGAGCAUCUGCUCUAGAGUUUGCGGAGAUGAAGAGAUAACAGAUCGACGCUUUCCAGAGUCAUUCAAAUUUGGAGUGGCAUCAGCGGCUUACCAAAUAGAGGGUGCAUGGGAUGAAGAUGGCAAAGGAGAGAAUAUGUGGGAUCGAUUUCUACAUGACAAUGCUAGUAGAACUACAGAUGGGAAAAAUGCCGACAUUGCAUGUGAUUCUUACCACAAAUGGAGGGAAGAUGUCCGCUUGCUGACCGAAUUAGGUGUCAGCAUUUAUAGAUUCUCGAUUUCCUGGUCCAGAAUUCUCCCCGAUGGUACCACCAACAAAAUCAAUCAAGCUGGUGUGGAUUAUUAUCUGAAUCUUUUGCAAGUAAGUAACUUAUUAAUUAAAAAGUUCUCCAUAAUUUUAUGCGGAAAAGGUUCUCCACUGAUUAGUUUGGGUUUUUCCAGCCCAGGCUCUCCCGCUUACCAUAUUAUCUAA